AUGGCCGGAAAUUUUUGGAAUAGCUCCCACAAGUAAGAUUGUUUCUUUUUUUUGCUUUUAGAUACAAUAUAAUGUUAUUGUUUAAGCCAGCAAUGGGUGCUAGAAAAAAGUGAUUUGUUAAGAGACCGAGGUGCUGAUCUAAAAUUGUAUACCGAAGAGGAAUAUCAAAAAAUUAUGGUAUAUUUUACAAAUCGUAAGUUAAAAACACUGACACAACGUCGUUUGAAAACCAUAAAAUUAAUUUCCUAAAUCAAAAUAUUAUUGAUUUUAUAACAAUAGGAUACUUUUAGUUAUUCAUCAACUGGGUCGAUCAAUGGAUAGCAGAAUACGCCAGCAUGCAAUUGCUACUGCUUGUACAUAUUUUAGGCGCUUUUAUUCAAGGUCACUAUUUUUUACGGACUAAAUUUUAACGAUUACAUGUAACUCAGGCAGUAGUUAUAUUAACAGCUUUUUUGUAAAAAUUUUGGUUCCUUUUAUUUUUUUUUGGUAUUAUCACGUUCAUUUGUGUGUCCUUAAUUGUUGUAUCUUAACAUUUUGUAAUUACAUAUGUUUAGGCGUUCGUUCAAAGACAUAGAUCCUUUUUGCCUAGUUGUAACGUGCAUAGUAUUUGCGACAAAAGUCGAUGAAUUUGGUAUGAUAGGAGUUAGCAAAACAAUAAUGACUCUACAAAGUCUACGUAAGUGUUGUUUAAACGUAAAAUUUUUUUUGUUCUAUUUUCAUUUACGUAUUUCUUUUAGUUCAAAAAUAUCCGUCUUUGGAAAAGUAUCAAAUUCAAAAGCAGCAUAUUGAAGAAGCUGAAUUUAUUUUGUCUGAAAUAAUGGAUUGUUGUUUGAUUAUAUAUCAUCCGUACCGUCCGUUGAAUGUUUUCAUGCAGGACAUGAGGUCUUUUGGAAUUAAUGAAAAAACUGUGGAUAUUUUAUAUCAAGAUGCCUGGCGCAUUAUUAACGAUUCGCUGAGAACGGAUACUUCAUUGUUAUAUCCGCCACAUAUCAUAGCAUUAUGUAAGUCAUACAAUUUAACCUAGAAGUUGUACAUUUUUUUUAUUUAUAAGGGAGGCCACUUAAAUUGAGCGUCAACUUUAGGAUGGAAAGGCGUGUACUUUGAUUACUAGUAGGGUUUUUGGUUUUGCGAGUCUAAUAUGGACGGAAUAUAUUUUUUUAAAAGAAUUUGUUAUGCCUUAUCCAUCAAUCACAACUAGCUCAUAAAAAUUUUAUGAUAGAACUAGGUGGCUUCACUCUUCAAAUUUUUAUAUAAAAGAGGUUUAAACUGUUGUAGGCCAUAACUUUUUUGACAUAAGCUUUCCGCAUGCUAGAAAAAAUGUAUUUUCAACCUAAUUUUAAUAAUGGUUCCAACAGUGUAACUCGUUUUUGAUAGAGAUGGGCCAGUUUGUAACGAGAUUGACUGCGCAGUCACGCUUUUUGAUUCGGAUCUUGGCCUGCGCAGAAGCCUUUUUUUUGUAUUUUUUGGAAGAAAUCGCAAAUGGCAUUUAGAAGUUUUAGACGUAUUUUUAAUAAUUUAUAGAAGUUUAGUCAAUUUUUUUAACAAGAAGAGCUAUACAGAACAUGGCUAUUCGAUUUUCGAAUUUGUGAUUAGUGCUUACAACGUUUACAGAAACGUAUACCUUAUCCAAAAGGCCAUUCUCAAUUUAAGUGACCUUACUCGUAAAUAAAUAGAAAAAAUAUUAUUUAAUUGUUUGCAGCGUCCAUCAUGACAGCCGCUCUGUUUUUACGGCGCGAUUCUGAAUUGGUUGAAUGGCUAUCGUACCUUAACAUGGACUACGAAAAAAUUUUUGAAUGUCAGCAAAUGGUCUUAGCUUAUUAUAGGUUAGAAAAAACGUAUAAGGAAAAAGAUGUUAUUGAAGAUCUAAUUUUGAAAAAAAUGCCAAAACCAAGCUCAGCGACAACCUCGUCAAAACUGGAGAUAGGGGAAACAUAGGCGAUUGUUCUUGCGGAUUAGUAAAAAGCAAAAUUAAUGGUGGCAUUUACACAUGUUUCAAAAAGUUAAUAGUUUUUCAGGCUUUACACCUAUCUGUAGCUCUGAAAAAUAGUGUUAAAUUGCAAACAAGUUUUGGUAUUUUUUAUUAAGAAUUAACCUGUAUAUAUCUUUAACUAAGCUUAAAUAGAAUAUGUCCUCAUUUGCUAUCAAUAACCUCAAAUACAUGUAUUUUUGUUUAUAUUUGAAUAAAUUUGUUUUGCCGCUUAGAACUAUGAAAAUUAGUGGUAAUCACAGCUACUAAUAUAUUUUGGAAACCCAUAUUUAAACAUUAUUUAGCCAUACAACCAGGGACGUCGCUACGGAUUUUCUCUGGGGGAGGGGGGAGCUCAAAAAAAAAUUUUUUCGUUUACAGGUACCUGUGGACCGAUUUUCCAAAAAAAAUUUUUUUUUGUUUUUUUUCGCGUACAGGUACCUGUGGACCGAUUUUCCAAAAAAAAAUUUUUUUUUGUUUUUUCGCGUACAGGUACCUGUGGAAUUUUUUUUCGGAUCGGCUCUGGGGGGAGGGGGUACCCCCCCCCCUUACCCCCUCCCCCAAUCGACGUCCCUGCAUACAACAUUAAAAAAUAAAACUUUAUUGUUCAUAAAAAAAUGUUUUAACAAUAUAUGUCGUUGUUACGUUACAUAAAUUUUCAACUAAAUAGAUGGUAUAAUGAAUGUAAAUUAUAUUAAAUGUAAAAGAAGAGUUUUUUCUUUUAAGCGGAUUUUUCUGAUUUUAGGAGAUAUGCUGAAAGGAAAGCGCCGCGAACAAACUGCAACGUUUUUAGAAGGAUUAAAUGGUCACUACGAACGCAGAGACAGUCCUCCACCGAUGCCAAACACAAGUAAGACAAAAUUCUAAUUAAAAACGUAUUUGGUUAAGGAAAGCAAAAAUAGAAAAGGCUAGAUGAUUUUAAUUUUACUAUUACAUCUUUUAUAUUAUAAAAUUUUAUAAGGAGUAAUUUUUAAAUUUCCUAAAGCCAACAUCUGUCCUUUUCAAAAUUCAUCAAGAACUGGUUCUUCGACAAAGUCUUUACAAGCUACCGGUUUGGUUCAAAACCCAUCUAUUGCAUCUUCAAAUCUUUCCGUACCAAAAACACUUCCUGCUACUACUUACCAGACAGAGUUUGCGCCUUUUAAUGGUCAUCCAAAGCCGUCUGUGUCAUCGAUUAGCCUGCCAAUGGCCGGGCUGGUUCCUGGAAUAAAUUACAACAACAUACAACCUAACUCUUACAAAGACCAAAAAAUGCAGCAACAAAGGCGAUUGAGUCAUACUCCACGCGGAAGUCGAACUAUUUCAUCCAGAUCCGAGCUGUCUUCUCACAGUUUUUCUAGUUCGCGACAAAAUAACGUACAAUUAAGUAAAAACCGUCAAGUCUACGUUCAAAAUACUAUUCAAUCUUCUCAACGGUACAGUGCUCUUAAUGAACAAACCAAACAAAAAAGAUCACUUACUUCGUCGCUUUCAAAUAAUAAUAUUCAAAAUAAAACCAAAAAUGACAUUUUGUCUGAGCCCCCUUCAACCCAUGGCUUUUUGGAAAAUUUUGAUGCGGAGGAGGACCUAAAAAAGUAUGUUUUGUGUGGUAUUUUAACUUAAUACUUUUAAAUGAAAUUAAAUUUAUUCAUAAUAUUUCUAUUUUUACCUUUUUUUCUUAGUUUCAAAAAAAGCGGAUCGUUUCAAUCGCUUCGGAACCAAAAUUCUACGUUUUCUCAACAACGAGACUCCGCGUCACCAAGUUUAUCCGUUUUAAUAAAUCCAGAUGUUCACGAAUUGCCGUUGCCUACCGGCUGGGAUGUAGACGUUACGGCGGAAGGUUACAAAUUUUUUAUCGAUCACAAUAACCAAAGAACAACAUGGAUUCAUCCCUUAGCUGUUGAAAGUUUACCUUGCGGAUGGUCAAAAAUAUUUGAUUCAGUUCACGGUGUAGUGUACUAUAAGUAAGCUUAAAAUUAUACAGUUAAACGUACAAAACCAUUAAAUUUUUUAAGUAAAAAUAGUAAAACACUAUUAUUUAAAAAACAAGCAUUACAUUACAGUGAGUCAGAACAACGAUCACAAUUUGAACAUCCUGGUAUGAUCAAUUUGUUUACACAUAGUCAGACCAGUCAAAAAACACAACCUUUUUACAAAUUCCAUAAAGAUCUCGAUUUGUUGCCACACCGUAGUGCAUCCGCAGCGAACUGCAAAAAACAGCAACGGCAGACACAACAUCAACAACUUGCAAAGCAAAUUCAAGAAUCCGCAUCAUUGCAGUCAAUAGUCGAACACCACAAAAUAAAGGACAAUAAUAGCGACUUUGAUACCAUAUAUCCAGAGUAUACGUCAACACUUAACAUUAUAAACGAAGGUAACAUUAAGUAGUUCAAAAAAUUUAAAAAACACAAAGUUUUUUUUUAUUUUUUUAACAUUCUUUUACGACUUUGUCAAUGGGACGUAGAGAAAAUCAUAAAAACUAAUAUUGUCUUAUAGUAUUUAAAAUAAAUUGCGCUUUUUAGAAAUUCCUGAGUGGAUACGUUUGUAUGGCAAAGCCCCCUUUCAUUCUGACCAUUUAUUAAAAGUAAGCUUUUAAUUAUCUUGUAUUUUUGAGCCCAAAGUUUGCAUUUAAAGAAAAAAGUUUAGUGGAGCAUGUUCAAAUUACCUCAACUACAGCAAUAUGACCGCAUUUUAAGAAAACUAUACAAACAAGAAGUGCUAAAUACCGUGAGCAAGUACGAACGGGUACGCGGCGAGAUCAACAAAGAACUUUUGAAGCGAUACAAAAAAUAAUAACUGUAAUAAACGAUAUGAAACAACGUUUGCUAAUAUCAAAAUAAAAAAAAGUUUAGUGGAGCAUGUUCAAAGGCUUAGGCUUAGGCUUAUUAUGUAGUAUAUAUAUACUCGGGCUGAGGCAGCCCUAACAUACCAUUUUUUUAAUUGGUAUAAACCAAAUCGACUACGCUGAUUUCAAAAAUCGUACUUGCGGUUUCUGAAAAUUGCCCUAAGGGUUUGAAAUUUGCAUUUUAAGUAGUGCCAUUUUAAUAUGGUAGUAAAGUUGUAAUGCCAACCUCAAAAUUUUUUGUGUAUGGACUUUAUAGACCAUAACAAACGUACUGUAAAAAUUUUGUUGUAAACUUAUUUUUAGAACUAUGUUAGGCUUAACUUUAGGCUUAGCUAUAAAUGUACUUUAUUUUUACUAUACUAUGUUACAGUUGACGUAUGAGUUUGAAGUUUUAAAACAUGCUUAUUGAUUACAUUAUAAGGUUAUUCCGAAAGUUUCGUGCUUUUACCUACACUGUAAGCAUGUUAGGCUUAAGUUUAGGCUUAACUGUAAAAACGCAGUCAAAAAAAGAGAGAGAAUCGGACCGAAGAGAGAGAGAGAAAUUGCGAAAAAAAGAGAGAGUGCGAGAGUGCGAAAACGCCUCCAAAAAAGCGCGUUUCCCAUUCGAAAAACAAAUGCGAUAUAAAUUGGGGGUCUUUGUGGGCGUGAUCUCGAACCAAAUUUAACCUUGCCAUGGUUUCCAGGAGGCCCCUGGAAACUAUCGGCAUGAGUUCGGAGCCCGACCUAAUCCCGGGCUCCAAAAUUUUCAACCACCAAAGGACCAGUUCCAUCUAUAG